GGAGCCACCGGUGCGGCGGAGGGGGCGGGCAGGGCUGCGGCGAUGGCGGCCGCCUGGCCCUGGCUGCUGCUGUGCGGGCUGGGGGCGGCCGCCCUGCGCCCCCGCCCGGCCCCGCCGCGCAUCCGGCUGCCGCUGCGAGGCGGCGGCGCCCCGCCGCCGGGACCCCGGCCCCGCCGGGCGGCGGAGGAGGCCGAGCGGGGCGGCAGCUUCGUGGAGAUGAUCGACAACCUGCGGGGCAAGUCCGGGCAGGGGUACUACGUGGAGAUGACGGUGGGCAGCCCUCCGCAGAAGCUGAAUAUCCUGGUGGACACAGGGAGCAGUAACUUCGCUGUGGGAGCUGCACCUCACCCCUUCCUCCGCAGAUACUACCAGCGGCAGCUGUCCAGCACCUACCGUGACCUGCGGAAGGGUGUAUACGUGCCCUACACCCAGGGCAAGUGGGAAGGGGAACUCGGCACCGACCUCGUCACCAUCCCCCAUGGCCCCAACGUCACCGUCAGAGCCAACAUUGCUGCCAUCACGGAGUCGGACAAGUUCUUCAUCAACGGCUCCAACUGGGAAGGGAUCCUGGGGCUGGCGUACGCCGAGAUCGCCCGGCCUGACGACAGCCUGGAGCCCUUCUUUGACUCCCUGGUGAAGCAGACCCGGGUGCCCAACAUCUUCUCCCUCCAGCUUUGCGGGGCAGGCUUCUCACCCAACGAGACGGAGGCCCUGGCAUCGGUGGGGGGCAGCAUGAUCAUUGGUGGCAUCGACCACUCGCUCUACGUGGGUGACAUCUGGUACACACCCAUCCGGAAGGAGUGGUACUACGAGGUCAUCAUCGUUAAGCUGGAGGUCAACGGGCAGGACCUGAACAUGGACUGCAAAGAGUACAACUAUGACAAGAGUAUCGUGGACAGCGGGACCACCAACCUCAGGCUGCCAAAGAAGGUGUUUGAGGCUGCGGUGAAAUCCAUCAAAACAGCUUCUUCGACGGAGAAGUUCCCGGAUGGCUUCUGGCUGGGGGAGCAGCUGGUUUGCUGGCAGGUCGGCACCACCCCCUGGCACAUCUUCCCGGUCCUGUCCCUCUACCUGAUGGGGGAGGCCACCAACCAGUCCUUCCGGAUCACCAUCCUGCCCCAGCAAUACCUGCGCCCAGUGGAGGACGUGGCCACUUCUCAGGAUGACUGCUACAAGUUCGCCAUCUCCCAGUCCUCCACAGGCACCGUCAUGGGCGCUGUUAUCAUGGAGGGCUUCUAUGUGGUGUUCGACCGUGCCCGCAAGCGCAUCGGCUUCGCUGUCAGUGCCUGCCACGUGCACGACGAGUUUCGGACGGCCGCAGUGGAGGGGCCCUACCUGCACUCCAACAUGGAGGACUGCGGCUACAACAUCCCGCAGACGGACGAGUCCACCCUGAUGACCAUCGCCUACGUCAUGGCAGCCAUCUGCGCCCUCUUCAUGCUGCCCCUCUGCCUCAUGGUGUUCCAGUGGCGCUGCUUCCACUGCCUGCGGCGGGACCACGACGACUUUGCCGAUGACAUAUCCUUGCUAAAGUGACGGCGGAGCGUGGGGGCGGCCCCGGGGGCUGCCGGUGAGGCAGCAGGGCAGGGAGAGGUAGGUCCUUUCUCCAGGGGCUGGAGCGUGGAGGCAGGGCAGCAGCGUGGGGAGCUCAGACCCUCAGCCCAGGCCCUCCUGGCCCUGGGGGACUCGGCGCCCGUUGGGGCCAGCGGGCCGGGAGCAGCUGUGGGGGACCCAGGCCUGGGCUGCCUUCAUCUGGGACCUACAGAAAGAGCGUGGCAGCUGGGGAGGGGAAUGAAAGCACAGUGACCCCGGCCUAGGGGCUGGUGGCGGCUUCUCUGCUCUGGUACCAGGAUCGGCCAGGCUGUCCCAAGCUCUCCUACACGGCCCUGCCAAGCUUGAUAGAGUCACACUGAUGAGCCAUCCGUCCCCUGCCUGUCCCCGUCUCCCUCCAUCCCUCUGCAGCUGCCCUUCCCAGCCCUCUCCGCCGGGAAGCCACCAGCCCAGGCUCUCCGUGCAGGGAGCUGUGCAUGUGUGCGCGCGCACUGCGGCCGUGCCUUCCCUGUGUGGCUGCCUGCCCAAGCUGGGCUCCAGGGUUCACACCUCCGGAGCCUCCCGUCCCCAGGCCCGGGGUUUUUGGAGGCAGCCACGCAGGGCCAGCCUGGGGCUGCCCGACAGGAGCAGCCGGAGGAGGGGCUCCCUCCCGUCCUCCCGCUGCCCCGUACACCGCUCGCUCUAACAUUUCCCAUGGCAUUUCUCCCGCCCUCCCAAACUGUCCUUCCGCUGCCGCCAGCCCCACGGCUCCCUGCGCCCACCCUGCCCUCGCAGCUGCCUCCCGGGACAGGCAGGAGCAGGCACCCAUCCUCUCCACACUCUGCUUUUGCUCACUGCAUCCCUUUUGGGGGUGGGAAACUGCUUCCCCUCCCUUCCAGCAUCAGUGGCGCCUGCCACAGAGAAGUGGGAGGCUGCUGCCUUCCCGCCCUGGGGAGCGCAGCCUCCCAGCUUGGGGACGCGGGCACACGCGAAACCGUGUGCCAGGAGCGAGCCCGGCACCCGGCACCGGCCACUCCCCAGCCCACCCGCCCGAUCAAAAGCCAUAGGGGGGGGGCCAGCGCCGGGCCGGCCCCCGCCCGCAGCCCCUGCCCUGCCUCACCGUCGGCAAGUUCCCACGGCACAGGGCACAGCGGCUCCUCUCCGCUCACUCCCCGAGGCCACGCGGCUGGGCCCGGGCCCUGGCUCCCGCUCCCGUGGCGUGAGCCACCCUCCAUGCCUGGGGACAGGCAGCAGCCAUGGGGGACUUGCAGCAUUUAUUAUUUUUUAAACAUAUGGUUGUAUUUAUUUUUUUUUUUUAUAAUGCGAGUCACUGGUAGUGCAGCUGUGCAGAUCAGAGCGUGUAUAUAGCAGGUCCCACACCACACACAGGUGUACAAAUAGCGGUCGCUUCUCACCUGUACGAUACAUACAUAUAUCUAUAUUUUUAAUUCUAGUGCUGAAAGCCACUGUUGCAAACCCAGCGUUAGGGGGUUGGGCCCUGUUUUGGUUUUUUUAAAAUACUUUUAGCCCUCUGCUCAGUCACAGGGCCUUGGCCACGACCCAGGGCUGCUCCGCAGCGGCGCGCUCGCGUGGAAGCGCCUGAUGGGUCGGAGAGGGGCUGAGUCGGUUUCGGGGGAGGUGGCGACACUGAUGGAGGGAUGCGGGAGGAGGCAGGGCUGCAGCACGCAGAGCAGUGGUUCGCAAGCCGAAAGGCCGCUGAGUGCAGGAGGCACUUUUGUCCUCAUCGUGUUGGUACAGCUAAGGGAGGAUUUUUUGGGUACGUAAGGACGACCCUCCCCUCCUCCCUGCCCGCUGCUGCGGGCUCACCGUCUCCCUUCCCCGGGGCAGAGGCCCUGGAGCUUGCAGGCAGUUGAUGACGCUCUCUUUCCUUGCUUCUCUGCCUCCACCUUGCACAGGAAAGCGUUUUGUUUUAAACACUAGUUAAAAGGCAUCGUCCCCCCACAAGCAAGGUGUGCGCGAGAGCCGAGCCGCCGGUUCCGGUGGCGACGGGCUGGAGUGCUGCAGGGCUGCAGCCACCGCAAGCAUAACGCUUGUCAACUACGUCCCGCGGUUAAAUAGUUCUUUGAAAAAGCAGCGAGGGAGCCAGGAGGGGGAGCAGCAGGCCGUGCGGGAGAGGCGAGCCGGCCCCAGCGCUGGGCACCGCCACAGCAGCCCAUUGCCCGCACCCCUAAACCGCCCCGCGUCCCUGCUAGCGCUUGCAGGUAGCAUCCAGCUCCCUUGCCUUGCUGCAAAGCUGCAAGCGUCCAGCCGUGCUGCUGCAGGAGGGCCACGGCCUGUGACUGCAGAGCGCGCGCAGACCUCCCCACCCUCGCGCCUGCCCAGGACCCCACCAUGAUCCCAGAGACUCCGUUGUGGACCACUGCCUUAAAACACGCUGGCAAGCGUGCGCGUAGAAAGAUUCGGGCUGUGGCCGAGUUCGGGCGUGCCGCAGCCAGGCAGCGCUGGCCCCGGCCGACCCCGAGGCCCAGGUGCCUCUAGCCGUGCUCAAUUUGUGCCGCCGGCCGCCAGUAAAGGGGGGGAAAAAUUCUACAGAGUAAGUGCAAGAUUUUAAGUGGUGCUGAGCACCCCGUAAUCCCACCGAAAUCCAUGGAGAAAGGGUUGGCACGUCAGCCCGUGCUUAGGAGAGAGGGGAACUAGGAACUGCGACAGGUUGGUUAUCCUGAGCUGCAGCGCAGCCGAAUCCAUCGGCUCCCGAGCGCUCCCUCCCCAGGGCCGGAGCUACAGCAGGGAACGCCGGGUGAAGGCGCGUGCGGAACUCUGCCCCGCAGGAGGGGGACGGGGACGGCUCCCGCCGGCUGCCGCUGCAGACUCCAGAACUCUGUACCCUAUCGUCUAUGUAAGAACAAUGAAUGUUAACACGGUAAAUUAUUAUUACAUUAAAAAAAAAAAGGCCACAAAAACCCCA